UCAUGCUGCUGCCAGGUCCAGAGUGUGUCAUGGGUCCCUGUACGGCCUCCCAUUGCUGCUGUCUCCAUCGCCACACUCUGCCAUGUGCCACUUUCAGGUCUCCUCACACUGCUGGUGGGUUCCAUUUUGUCAUAGGGUGCUGUCCAGCAGUGUGUCAUGGGUCCCUGUACGGCCUGGCAGACCUCCCAUUGCUGCUGCCAGGCCCGUAAUCUGCCAUGGGCCCCCGUACCGACUCCUCAUGCUGCUGCCAGGCCCGUAAUCUGUCAUGGGCCCCUGUACCGCCUCCUCAUGCUGCUGCCAGGUCCA